AAGGCCAAGCGUUAUCCUUUCAAAGAGCAGGAGUUUGGGUUUGUUAAAUUCGAUAUCGAUGCUGACCUUAGCCCCUUGUUCCACUGGAAUACUAAGCAGCUCUUUGUGUAUCUCGAAGCAGAAUAUGCGAACACGCAAGGAGUGAACAACACCAUCGUCCUUUGGGAUCGGAUAGUCCGUCGGAAAGAGGACGCCCAUGUUGUGGUAGCCUCCGGACGCAACAAGUAUAAGCUUAAAGAGCUGUAUGAAUCCUUCAAGAAUACAUCCCCUGCCACAUUUUCACUCAAGUAUAACGUGAUGCCCUAUGUUGGACUGCUGAUGUACGGGGAGGCGGCACGGACGGAGGGACAUGAGAUCCCUGAGGCAAGAGAUGCGAUUGCGUGA